AAUAAUGGGAAUAUGUUAAACCGGGUCCAGGUCCUGGUCCGGGUCUGAUCUAGUCCGCUGAGUCUGUCUGAACAAACUCUGCUCUUGAUAAAAAAACAAACAAAAAAACCCGACUCGUGACAUUUUCCGACUUAUUUCCGCGUUUAUUCACUGAAUCUUACGUUAGCUCGCAUGCUAACAAGACCGCGACACUGAUUUACGGCAAACAUGUGACCAAAGCGGAAGAGAAAAGGAAGAAACUGCGCAUCAGAAAAGCGGAGCCGCGUCGUGAUCGAUACCGAUUAAUAACAGAUAUCAGCAACAUUUCUAAUCAGAGGGUGGGAGAGAUGAGCUGCGCAGGCGCAGACCUGAGGAUCGUGUUCAGUCCUGGGCGAGUGCAACUGGUCCAGGAGGAGGUGCUGGUUCCUGGCCUCAGGGUCCUGGUUACCGGGGCGACAGGUCUCUUAGGUCGUGCAGUCUACAAAGAGUUCCAGAACAACGGCUGGUUGGUGAUUGGGAUUGGAUACAGGAGAGCUAGGCCCCGCCUCCUCCGCUGUGACCUCACUGACGAGGACGCUCUCAGAGGAAUACUGCACGAGUACAAGCCUGACGUCAUCGUCCACUGUGCAGCAGAGCGACGCCCGGAUGUCGUGGAGCGACACACUGAAGCCGCCAUUAACCUCAACGUGCACACCACGAGCACGCUCGCCAAGGAGGCGGCGGCGUGCGGAGCGUUCCUCCUCUACAUCAGCUCUGAUUACGUGUUCGACGGCAGAAAUCCUCCGUACGGAGAAGACGAUAGUCCACAUCCUCUUAACGUCUACGGGCGCAGUAAACUGGAGGGAGAGAGAGAGACACUGAGACACUGUCCAGGCGCGGUGGUGCUGCGGGUGCCCGUCUUGUACGGGGAGGUGGAGUCAGUGACCGAGAGCGCGGUCACGUCUCUGUGGCUCAAAGUCCAGGACGUGAGUGAGAGCUGGACUCUGGACCACUGUCAACAGAGAUUCCCCACUGACACGCGAGACGUCGCCGCUGUCUGCAGGACACUGUGUGAGAGAGUGAGACAGGACCCGUCUAUCUGCGGGAUCUUUCACUUCUCGGCCAAUGAGCAGAUGACCAAAUAUGAGAUGGCCGUGGCCAUUGCUGAAGCCUUCAACCUGCCGUCCAAUCACCUCAUUCCUCUGACUGAACAGCCUGCAGCAGCAGCAGCUCUUCGUCCAAUCAACAGUCGUCUGAACUGUUCUCGUCUGGAGCUGCUGAACCUGAGCAUCGCCACCCGACCUUUCGCCUCCGCCAUCGUCGACUGUCUGUGGCCCUUUACAGACGACAAGCGCUGGAGACAGACGGUUUUCCACUGAUAGACAGGCGCCACAGCGCCGACUAGUGGCAAAAGAGUGUAAAACAAACAGCAGAAGAAUGAAAGAACAUGAGA